AUGGUGGGCAGGCAGACCGAUUCUUGAGUCUUGAGUUAGUUUUUCCUCGGCCAUUGGCGCGGUUAAACCGUUCUUUUCGUGACUAGCCACAAUAACAUCGUAUGUGCGCGUGCGCCGCGUUCACCUCCUGAUAAUCGCGUCCAUCGUCGUCGAUCGAUAGAUAUGGCCCUGCUCAUCACGUUGGCCCUCCUGGGUGGGAUCUGGUUGGCGUUGUACAUCUACUGCCGGAUACGGUUCGGGUUUGCGCGGAACAUUCCGGAAGUGGAACCGCUUAGGUUUUUCUUCGGAAAUGGGUUGGACUUUGCGCAGAAGAAUUCGUACGAGAUUUUCGUCAGCAUCAACAGGGUGUUCCGGGAGUAUAAGCGCAUUUUCAAAAUCAGUUUCGGGCCGAUUAAGGUGAUCUGUCCGACGCAUCCGGAUUUGAUCCAGAAGGUGUUGUGCAACAGUGCCAGCAUGGACAAGCCGUACGUGUACGAUUUCACGCGGAUGGGAUCCGGGCUGCUGACUGCGCCAUAUGACACCUGGAAGGUGCACCGCAAGCUACUGAACCCGACGUUCAACACCCGCAUCCUGAACAGUUUCAUUCCGAUCUUCAACGACUGCGCCGAUAAAAUGAUCGAAAGCAUCAAGGAACACGCCGCCCCGGGAAAAGUACUCAACAUUCUGGAGUUUACCUCACCCUGUACGCUGGCCAUGAUUUGCCGUACGUCCCUUGGGGGGAAAGUGUUGGAACGCGAAGGCACCCAGAAGUUUGUGGAAGGACUUGAGAUAAUUCUUAGCAACGUCGGCCUUCGCAUGUUCAACGCAAAUCUCCACCCGGACAUUGUGUAUCGGUUUACUCGUUUCUAUCGUAAAGAAAUGGAGUCCCGGAAGUUCUGCUAUGCGUUUACAGACAAGAUCAUCGUCGAGAAGCAACAGGAGCUAGCCGAAGCCAAAGCCAAGGGAAAGCAGGACACGAACAACAACGCCAACGAUUCCGGCAACGACAACUUCGAGGAGGAGGAAGAUGAUCUGUUGUCGUACAAGAAGCCGCAGAUCUUCAUCGACCAGCUGUUGACGAUUCCUCUGCCCGAUGGGAAACCUUUCUCGCACAAGGAGAUCUCCGAUCACAUCUACACGAUGAUCGCUGCCGGAAACGAAACUUCGGCCACGCAGGCAGCCCACACCCUCAUGUACCUGGCGAUGCAUCCGGAAGUUCAGGAAAAGGCCGUCAAGGAGAUCAAGGAGCUGCUUCCCACACCGGAGUCAACGAUCACCUCGGAAGUUAUGAAGAACAUGGUCUACAUGGAACGGAUCAUCAAGGAAUCGCAACGCCUUGCUCCGGUGGCAGCCGUUUAUGGUCGGAAAACUAUCGCAGACCUUCAGCUGGAUCAGUUCACGAUUCCGAAAGGUAACAUUUUCGUUUUGAACAUCUUUGCUUUGCACCGACGAAAAGAGUACUGGGGUGAGGACGCUGACCUGUUCAAUCCUGACCGAUUCCUUCCGGAGAACAGCAAGAACCGACAUCUGUUCGCGUAUCUUCCAUUCAGUGGUGGCAAUCGAGGUUGUAUUGGAAACCGUUACGCCAUGAUGAGCAUGAAGACGAUCGUGACGGCAAUUCUGCGAAACUUCAAGAUAACCACCGAUCUGCAGUAUGAAAAAAUCGAAUUCAAGUUCAAGGUAUCGAUGCACUUGUCCGGUCCACAUCGCACCUUUGUUGAACCGCGGAACCUCUACGGAUGAUCAUGACCGCGCCGAGCGCCACUAGAAUAAGUCCUAAUCUUAGUAUGUAUGGAACCCACUAAAACAUACCUUUUACCACUGGUUGUUGCACAUGAGGUUCUUUGGUUACCAGUUAGCAGCUUGCAAUACUCAACGCGUGUACUAGUUUAUCGAACGGUAGGCUAUAUGGUUUGCAAACAUUAUAAUUGGAAAACAAUAAAGAAUACACCAAUACA